UUGGUCUAAAAAUAUAUGUUCUCGGACACAGUCCACAAACUGCAAUACACAAUCGAUGUUCAGUUCUGAUCCGAUUGGUGUUCUGUUAAGUUACAAACGAUUGAAAAAUCGACUUCUUCGGCGCGAGUUUUUCGUAUUUCAAAUUUUUCUUCUGAUCUGAAUCCAGUCAAUUUUUCAUUCAAAAGACAAAAGAAAAAGAUUCUUCAUCAUGGACGCGAUCAAAAAGAAAAUGCAAUCCAUGAAAGUGGAAAAGGAUAAUGCACAAGACAAGGCGGAUACGUGUGAAAAUCAGGUGAAAGAGGCGAAUAUCCGAGCCGAAAUAUUGAAGGAAGAAACGAAAGAAUGUGAACGAAAAUUGGUUCAAGUUGAGAUUGAUUUAACCAACGCGAAAAAUCAAUUGGAAUCGUCCAACGUAGAACUGGAGGAAAAAGAGAAAACCUUAACGGCCACCGAGUCAGAAGUUGCAACAUUGACUCGUAAAGUGGAACAAAUUGAAGAAGACUUGGAGAGAUCUGAAGAACGGACGAUUACUGCUCAACAUAAAUUAAUGGAAGCGAGUCAAAAAUCUGAUGAAAAUAAUCGUAUGUGUAAAGUAAUGGAAGCUCGUUUGCAACUUGAUGAAGAGCGCAUGGAACAGUUGACGAGUCAUUUGAAGGACGCUCGCUUUCUUGCAGAAGAUGCUGACAGUAAAACCGAUGAAGUGUCACGUAAAUUGGCCGUUGUUGAAGAUGAGUUGGAAGCAGCCGAAGAACGUGUUAAAUAUGGCGCUUCCAAAGUCCAAGAAUUGGACGAAGAAUUGCAGGUCGUUUGUAACUCGUUGAAAUCAUUAGAAGUGUCAGAGCAUAAGGCGAAUAAUCGGGUUGAGGAGUUUAAAGUUGAAAUGACAUCGCUCACAGAACGUUUAAAGGCUGCUGAAACUCGUGCUGAGAAUGCUGAAAAAAUUAUGAGGAGACUGCAAAAGGAUGUCGACAGACUAGAAGAUCGUUUGUUCCACGAAAAGGAAAAGUACAAGGCUAUUUGCGACGACUUGGAUACAACAUUUGCCGAACUCACUGGAUAUUAAAUUGUUUAUU